AUGUUUAAUUAGUAAUACAGUUUGGAUUAAAGCAACUCUCAGCAUUCCUCCUAACAAUCUUAAACAUUUUUGGCUGUUCCUCGUUUAAUCUAAUAAGAAAUCCAAGCCUAUUAGACUGGUGUGUAGAAGCAUGUCAAUUUCGAAGACCCCAAUCAGUUGUAGAAGAGUGAACAUAAAGAAAGUUUGGAGGAAGGGGAUAUCUUUGGUUCCAAAUUGUCAAUUGAAAAACGAAACAUUAACAAAGUGGAUGAAGUUGAAGAAAAUUACAAAUCUCUAAAGUUGUUCCAAAUAGAGAUGCAAAAUAUCAAUGGCCGAAAGUUGAUUUCCAAAAAUAGCCGAAAAUUUAGUGAUCAAAGUGAUAUGGGCUUGCGUAAACAUAGCGAAUAAUUGAGAAAGGCUUCAUCAUCCUAUUUCCCCCAACCUUCUCCAAAAUUCAAAAUAUAAAUAAGUCCACUCCUACCAAAAGAAGACUUGCUCUCUUAACAAAAAUGGCCCAAAAGAUGGUUUUAUAUUAUUAAGUUCCUCAGCAAAAUUAUGUGUGUUUAACCUAACAUUCUUAAAUAAUCCCAUUUAAUGUUAAUAGAUGAUAAGGCUAAUAUCAUAGUUUAAAAUUGUUUUAUUUUUAAUCCAUAUUCACCAAAAGUGUUAUGGGCCCGUUACAUCAUGCUCAUCAUGUAUAUGUUUGGAUUUUUGAUAAUCUUCUGGGAAUUCGCCUUCAGUGAAUCUUAACACUUAAUUUUAGCUUUUUGUAAUUGAUAUCAAUUUAUUAAAGUUGCUUUAUCAAUUUUUGAAAGUUUAAGUAACUAUUUUAUUGGAGUGUACAUUGAUGAGAUGUACACUGAGAAUAGAUGGAGUAUCGCUCAGUAAUACUUAUACUAAGACAUUGGUUAUCUAACGAUUUGCUUGCUUACACUGUUUGCGUCUAAUUACUUUAGUAACAAUUUUAAUGGUGAUAUUAGUUGUAUUGUUAUUAUUGAGAGUACAAAGACUUCGCAUGAUUGAUUCAUAAGUAACGUAUUGCUUCAUACCUCUCUUGCUAAUACAUACGGUUUCAACGCUUUACUCAAGACUGUCUCAAGAUUAGUAAAACAUUUUGCAUAAUUAGAUUUUCAGAGAGUAAUAUUUCAAUGUACAUAACAUCAUUUUAAUGGACAAUAUUCUAGUUGACCAAUAGUGGCAAUCCUUAUGAUAGACAACUGGAAAUUCAUGGAGAUACUAAAAUACCAUUGAGAGUACUUUCCAUAAUAGUCACGAUCAUUGGUUAUUUAGUUACUAUAUUUCUGAUUAAUUUAUGCUUAGGGUACAAACCUUAAUAGAAAUACAAGAUUAGUGCUCAAUUGAGUUAAAAUUUAUAAAGAUAUGAAAAUCGAAAUAAGUUGGAACUUAUAGACUUAAGCGGAUUGAGACCUGAUUUAUAAUUUCAAAUCAAACAAGAGCUAUUUAUGCCGUUAUUGGAAAGUCUCCCAUUUACUAGAGGCUUUUUGUAAGAUUUAUCUUAAUCAUUAAAAACUUAGACAUAUCCUAAUGGAACAAUAUUGCAUCAAUAGUAUUAAGUUAUGGAUAAAUUAUUCUUUUUGAUGAAGGGAAACUUUGCUUAAUGCAUAGGGAAUAAAAUACUAAGAAUCAAUAUAUUUCCUAUCUAAUACUUUUAUGUUCAACUCUAAUGCCCUUUGACUCUGAGAUGUUUAAGUGAAUCAUUAAUAGCUCAUGUGAACAUCGAUGAUUUUUUGAGGUUGAUUAAGAUGCACAGUCAAGAUUUCCAAAAAUUCUGUAUGCUUAGAGAUUACAGUAGAGAAGUCUGUCCUUGUUGUGGAUACAGGAAUCACACACUUUCUAAAUGUAAACAUGUAUUUUAUGUUCCCAAUUUCAAAGAAUUAAUACUUAUUCAUAACACUUCUGAACCUAACGAUAGAGUUAGUUAUUAUAGAGAUAAUGGCAGAAACAGGAUUAACUCUUUACAGAAUAAGAAUCUUAUAUGCAUUACAGCCAUCAGCUUUGCAAUUACAAAUAAGAUAUCUUCAGAAACUGAUUUGACAAAUGAAGUCAUGGGGAAAUUGUAAGGCAGUAUGAAUAAUUUUGAAGAUUCUAUUCUGAAUGAUUUUUAAGAUGAGAAAUCCUCUCGUUAUUCAUUGUAUCAAAAACUGGGAACUAUAGAAGCCCCCAAAACUAUUAAUUCACCAUAGGGUACUUUAAAUAGUCUAACUCAUCAAUAAAGUAGUUUGCCUCCUAUAAAGCUGGAAGAAAAGGAAUCCUCUUAUAAUAGUCGAAAAUUUGUGCAUAAACAUAUGGAUUAUUCUCAUACUUAAAAUUCAAUCAAAGUGAAUUUAGUUAAAUCUACUAACUCCAAUGAAUUAUAGAUUAAACGAACCCAAAAGAAUAGGUAAACGAGUUCUUCUAGUUCAUUAAAUAAAAAAGUGCACUCGACAAGUAUUAUGUAGUAACCAAAAUCAUAAACUGGUUCUAUUAUACCAUAAUAAGAGGAGAAUGAGGAUAAUUUAGAUCAAGUGUGUAGUUAUGAAUAUUAUUAUCCUUCAUAUAAUAUUGAAAAUAUUGCAAAUGCUUUAAAUCAUAAAUUAAUGAAUAAAAGCAUAUCAUUUGUUAAUUGA